UCGCAGCGUCGCGACGCGUGCACCCAUCGGCUCCAGCUCGCGCUCGCGAUUCUCACAAAAAGCAAACAUUUCCCGCGUUCUGCCGCCGCCAGUCGCGCGGACGUGACCUACAUGCUGGAUUUUUACUUGUGCGACAUUCACGCAAUGCAAUGUGACAAAGUAAACUUUUCAACACGCUGAAUUCGAAACAGAACUCUGGUUAAUUCAUUUCAAAACUACAAAAAUCUAAAAAAUCAAAAAAAAAAACUAAGACAUUUUAUGCAGUGAAUAUCAAAUAAAAAUUAAUUCAUAUUCAUGUUACUUGUCAAUGUUUAAACGUAAGGAUAUAAUUAAUUAAUCAGUGUGCGCGUCAAACUGCUUGCUGCGAGUUUUUUCCUACUCGGGAUUCAAUUGACGGUUGACAUUGAACCUGCUUUUAUUCCACGCGACCACGCUUCAAUCAACGAGGCAUAAUUAAAAGAUUGUCAAACAAUAAAUCAUCGAGUUUUGAAAUAUUUACGCAUCGAAAUAAGAUUGCUUCAGAAAAACCCUGUAAUCAUCCAAAGUGAAUAAUUACUGUCCUUUCAACAAACGAUGCGAAAGACAUCAACUAAUCCAUAAAUGAGGAAAAAUGGAUUUCUGACGAUGGACACAAGCAGUGGAACAUUGGGGCGUCGCGCCUCGAAGAGCAGCGUGGGAAUGCGCCGCCAACGCAGCCUGGAAUGGCGGCAGGAGCGCGGCUACAGCAGCAGCGAGGAGGACAUCGCCUCACGUCCGGUAGACAGCGCUGUUUUUGCAUCGCUGCUCGCGCAAGCCCAGCAGGAAUAUCAAUGUUUAGACCGUUCCUAUAGAUCGGAUGACACUGAAGACGCGCAUACGACGGACAACCCAACGACGCCGUUCCCAACGCCGCCCCCGACAAAUGUAUUGUCUCCGCGCUCGCCGCUCCCGAUGCAUCGACAGGCGUCGCCGUUUCCGCACGAAAACACCAACACGCGGCGUAUUAUCUACGCAACCCCUCAAGACCGCCUGCGUGGUAACAAUGGUGAAGUCGUCUAUGCGAGCAACAAGAAGUCGCUCGUUGGUAACAAUACGACGCUGGGGCGGAGCGGGCGGCGGCAUCGCGGCGCCGGCGGCAUGACUUCCUCGUCCUCGGCCACCUCCUGCAACAGCUGCACCGAUCCGGCCGGACGCAACGACAUCUCCUAUCACCCGGAUGCCCAGGGGCAGAGGAUAUGUCUUAACAACGAAGUGAAUGAGGAAUCUCCACCGGAGCCGGCUCCGCCUGAGGUGCCCCCGCGCGGGCCCUCCUUACACGCGACUUCUUUGCGACGUCGUCCUGAUUAUGCACUACCCGUGGAUGAUGAUGGGUCCGGACAGCAGGAGACCUUCUUGGCUCAAGGGGAAUAUGUUCUUAGUGGCAGUCCAAGGGCUUCGGCUUAUCCAGCGCGCAGUCCAAUGGGGAAUAUUUCAAAUACCAACUCUCAACACAGGUGAGUCUUUGACGAUCGUUUUGAAAAUCCAUGCUUCCGGACGACCUUUCAAAGGUAUUGGAUAGUUACAGACACGAUUGUAGUUGAAGCCUGCACUCGCUGGUUGUUGUAGCGGACUCGGGUGCAUUGUGUCCGGGAUUGUCUAGAGAUCUUU